AUCUCCAUCCUCUCUCUCUCUCUUUAAGUCAAGAAAGAAAGCUCUCCAUCACAAGCAAGAUUGCCCCCAUUUCAUAUAAAGAGGCGCAUUAUUGAUUUUCUUGAGCCCUGGUUCAGAGAGAGUCUUGAGAGAUUGAAGAGCGAGCGAGUCAAGUCGAGUCGUCCGUCGGUGAGUCAAGAAGAUCGAGAAGCCGAGAGGCGCGGCGGAAGGUUUCCGAGAAUGCAGGAGGUGGCGGUGUACACGGUCAAGGUGGAAGAAGGAAAGGAAGGCGCCAACGGAAGGCCGUCGGCAGGGCCGGUUUACCGAGGCAUUUACGCCGAAGAUGGCCUUGUCGGGUUGGAGCCCGGCAUGGAGUCUCCAUGGCAGUUCUUCAGUGAUACCGCUAAGACAAAGCCCGACUGCAGAAUGCUGGGUCGUCGUCAGGUCGUGGAUUCGAAGGUUGGUCCUUAUGUGUGGCAUACGUACCAAGAGGUCUACAGCUCGGCGGUCCGCGUGGGUUCGGCGAUCAGGAGUUGCGGCGUCAAUCCUGGCGACCGUUGCGGCAUAUACGGAUCGAAUUGCCCAGAAUGGAUCAUUGCCAUGGAGGCCUGUAGCGCCCACGCGGUGACAUACGUACCGCUCUACGACACUCUCGGUCCCAACGCGGUCGAAUUCAUCAUAAAUCAUGCAGAAGUCUCGAUCGCUUUCGUGCAGGAAAACAAGAUUCAAUCCAUUCUCUCGUGCCUUCCCAAAUGUCCGUGUUUAAAAACUAUUGUCAGCUUCGGAGAUGUUGCAAGUGCACAGGAGGCACAAGCAGAGGAACUAGGAGUCUCUUGCUUUACCUGGAAGGAGUUCUCGCAGCUGGAAAAUGCAGAUUGUGAACUGCCUCCAAAGAAGAGGACCGAUGUCUGCACGAUAAUGUACACGAGCGGAACAACUGGAGAUCCGAAAGGGGUCAUCAUCACCAACGAGGCUCUCAUGGCACAAGUACUGUCGAUUGACAAGCUACUCUUCCGAACAGACAGAGUGUUCUCGGAAGAGGAUACAUUUUUCUCGUUCCUUCCUCUGGCUCAUAUUUACGACCUGACGAUGGAAACUUACUGCAUCUACAGAGCUUCUUGUAUAGGAUUUUGGCGAGGCGAUGUCAGGUUUUUGGUAGAGGACCUACAAGAACUGAAGCCGACCAUCUUUUGCGGGGUUCCCAGAGUCUAUGACCGAAUCUAUACUGGCAUACUUGCUAAAGUUUCAUCAAGCGGAGUGAUACGGAAAAAGUUGUUCCAGUACGCAUAUGACUACAAGUUAGCGAAUCUAGAGAAGGGAUUCCCGCAGGAUAAAGCCGCGCCUCUCAUGGACCGACUGGUCUUUGAAAAGACAAAACUAGCGUUGGGAGGGAGAGUUCGUGUCCUGUCAUCUGGUGCAGCACCAUUGCCAAAGCAUGUUGAAGAAUUUUUGCGGGUCACCAGCUGCUCCACAUUAUCGCAAGGCUAUGGUCUUACGGAAAGUUGUGGCGGGUGCUUCACAUCCGUAGGCGAUGUGUUCUCGAUGAUGGGAACGGUCGGCGUCCCCAUGCCGUCGAUUGAAGCGAGGCUGGAGUCUGUGCCUGAUAUGGGGUAUGAUGCGCUUUCGAGCACACCUCGUGGAGAGAUUUGUCUGAGAGGAACAACAUUGUUCUCCGGUUACCACAAGCGCCAAGACCUCACCAACGAUGUCAUUGUUGAUGGCUGGUUUCACACAGGGGACAUUGGUGAGUGGCAGCCAAACGGGGCAAUGAAGAUCAUCGAUCGGAAAAAGAACAUAUUUAAGCUUUCUCAAGGUGAAUAUGUCGCUGUAGAGAAUGUCGAGAGCGUGUAUCAGCGUUGCCCUCUUGUGACUUCGAUUUGGGUAUACGGGAACAGCUUCGAGUCCUUCCUUGUGGCCGUAGUGGUCCCCGAUAGGAAGGCCCUCGAGGACUGGGCGGCAAACCAAGGUGUCACGGGGGAUUUCCAUUCGCUGUGCCAAAAUCUCAAGGCGAAGAAGUACGUGUUGGACGAGCUAAACAGCACCGGCCAGAAGCACAAACUUCGAGGUUUCGAGAUGCUGAAAGCGGUCCACUUGGAGCCUAACCUCUUUGACAUGGAGAGAGAUCUGAUCACUCCGACCUUCAAACUGAAGCGCCCGCAGUUGCUCAAAUACUACAAGGACUGUAUUGACCAGCUCUACUCUGAAGCAAAAGCAAACAAAGUGUAAGAGCCGCUAUUGGAGGGCAUGGCUCCAUAAGUCCACAUACACAGCAUUGGCCAUCUGCUUAAAACUACAUUUAGAUUGUUUCUUUCCUGAAGAAUCGAUCGAGGUUGCGAGCGAAUUAUCACAAAGGCUCGUUCAUCGAUCCCUCAUCUUCACAACUUCAUCUGUACUUGCAUGUGUUAAUAUUCAACCGCUCGAUAAAUGCUUAUAAGAUACUUUGAUGCUAGGGAGGAGCAAACAAGAUCUAUUUUUCAUUUGUUACUCUCUUAAUAACAUGAAGUCCUCCUAGUUUUACAUAUAA